UUUGUCUCACUACAAGUCCCAGAAUGCCAAGCCCCGUGACGUCAUAUUUCCGCGCUUCCGCAGCGAGCGCGCUCGACGCGACGCGACAAUGGGCCCCGUCGAGCUUCUGCACAUGUCGGUGUUCUCGCAAAGUUUUUCGCCGUGCGGACGCUUCUUGGCGGCGGGAAACAACUACGGAGAGAUCGCCAUCUUCAGUUUGUGUGCAGCUUUGAGUCCGGACGCGUCGGAGGCGGCUCGGAAGCCCGCGUUGACCUUUCCAGCUCACGACGGUCCGGUCUUCUGUCUGGAGUCGUUCGGCGGGCAUCUUCUGAGCGCCGGCGACGGGUCGGUCAGCGCCUGGAAUUGGGCCGAACUCAUCAAGAAGAACGUCAAAGCGCUGUGGACCAAGAGACCCCAGUACAAGGCCAACAUGGAGAUUCCCGAGAUCAACGCCAUGGUCGUCAACCCUCGAGACAACAGCGUGGUGCUCGGCGGCGGCGACAACAACGUUCACGUCUUGGACCUGGAGAACGGCGUCUUCAAGUCCGUCUUGCGGGGACACUCGGACUACGUUCACUGCCUGAGCGUGAGGGAGCGCGAGGGCGAGAUUCUGUCGGGCAGCGAGGACGGCGCCGUCCGGAUGUGGGACUGCAGGACGUCUCGGUGCGUCCACUGCGUGGAGGUGCACAAGUACCAAAAAUGUGCCCGCCCUCAGUUUGGCAAGUGGAUCGGCUGUUUGACGACCGACUCGGAUUGGAUGCUGUGCGGCGGGGGGCCGUCCCUUUCCCUGUGGCACCUUCGCUCUCUGACGCCGACGUCCGUCUUCGCGCUGAGCGGCUGCCAGAGACGAGCCAGCUUCUACCAGGACAUGAUUCUGGCGGUGGGCCAAGGUGCCGCGGUGUCCCACUGCCUGCUGGGGGGGGAGGUCAAGGCUCAGAUCCCGUGCACGCCCGACAACAUCAACAGCCUGGAGCUCAACGCCAACAGUGCGGAACACCAGGUAACAGGCCCGCUCGUCUUUUGGGUCAUUCGCUCCUCUGACAAUUUCAACUUGGCGGUUUUGUCACCAUUUUUCAGAAGAAAUCUGUCCCAUGUUGUCCCUAACCUGCAGUUUUAUUGUUACAGUGAACACUACGUGUGGGAAAUACGGGUUGUGGGUUCGGAUCCCACUGGGGGGGCCUCCGCUCCCUGAGAAGGGCAUCCGGUGUAAAAACGGUGCCAAACAUAUGCGCGUUCACCUGAGACGACACGCUGCGGCGAAGCCCACAGAAACCGCAACAAGCGGGAAACCAAACCGAACGUGGUUGACGUGGUCAUUGUUGGAG